UUUAGGCCCUUGAAGAGUGAUCUCCAACAACCAACUGCGAAAAAUUUUUAUGGCCGGCAAGUCAUUGGCUUAUUGCGCCCUCACCCACUCGCCCCGUUCUGUGCGUAAGCAUCGUCAGCGAGCGUCGCCGAAACUGAACAAGCGAACGGCAACAGCAGCGAGCCCACUGGCAGGAGGGAGAAGAAUGAGCGACGACCCAGCCGUAGUACAGGCAGAGUUCCUCGCCAGGGACGUGGUAGAGUACCUACUGAAGGAGAAAGGGAUGCCGGUGAACGGCUACACGGGAGUUCUCCCCGGUCAGCUGAAAGAAGUGGAAACGAACGCGGUACGAUGUCUUCACGAGCCGCCCUUCCAGCAAGCAAGAAUGCAAAUCGUCUACGGCUGCCAGUACAUUAUGAACCAGCACGGAGUGGAGAUAGAGCAAGUCUGCAUGAAGGUGGACGUCGGCGACGAGCAUCUUUACUCCAACGUGAGAGAAGCGCUAGCGACAAUCUGGGAAGAGCCGCAGAACUGGGGACGGUUAGUGUCCCUCUUCGUGGCGGCUUACUACCUGUGCAAGAGGAUUUGCGACGAAGAAGGCAAAGAGAGCGAGAAGAUCGACAGCGUCAUUGGAUGGCUAACUGCCUUUCUGAGAGAGAACGCAGUACCCUGGGUCGUGGAACGCGGCGGCUUUUCGGGUGUCCUUUACGGUACAAACCUAAAGCAAGUGAAGCCGGCUGCGGGAACUGCAGUGGAAGAUUGCAAAUCCGACUACAACACGAAGGCCAGUCUAUUAGUGACGGCUCUGGGCCUCGGAGCUGCGGUGGUCGUCGGGACCAUCAUAGGAAGAUAACACGUGGAGAACUGUGCUGUAGAAUUGACUGUUGGCCCCAGACCAGCUGUAUACCCAUCAAGACUCUGGUAGUGCUGGACUUGGGCUUGAAGAUUGUGUCCAUCUUUCUCCCUCUCUUCUCUCUAGAAAUGUCAUACUUCCCAUCCUUAUCACUUUAUUUUAAAAAUUCCAAUGGAUAUUUUAUUGAAAUUCGCCCUGUACAUUGAUGCAGCAAAUGCGGGUACAUAAGCUAUAAGACGUGUGUAUGGUGAAGAGGGUGUUGUGUAGUGUUAGAUGUGGUAGUUUCUUCUAAUGGAGUCCAGGUGUGACCUUGUCGGGAGUGCGCGUCCCUCACCACUGGACCUUGAGGCACGAACUGUAGCUGGCACUCUGCCACCUG